UGUGUCUUACAGCAGCCCAGUGAGUCUGCACGAAAGCCACCGAGAGUGAACAGGCGAGUGAGUGUGAAAGAAGGGUUUGGGUUGUAACAGCCACUCAACUCAUGGGAAUAAUUUUAAAUCUCUGAACAAAUGGUCUGAAAGGAUUAAACAUCUUCAAAAUUGGAAGCCUGUGCAUGUGUUGGGGAUGAAGCACCUGUGGAACAUUCACUUAUUCCUGCUCAUCCUCCUCUGCCUGUUAGGAGCUGUCACAUCACAAGUCAACCCAGGUGUGUGUCGGUAUCCUCUGGGCAUGUCAGGAGGGCAGAUACAGGACGAGGACAUCUCUGCUUCCAGCCAGUGGUCUGAAUCCACUGCUGCUAGAUAUGGCAGGUUGGACUUUGAGGAGGGCGAUGGCGCGUGGUGUCCGGAGAUAACAGUUGAGCCAGACAACCUGAAGGAGUUCCUCCAGAUUGAUCUUCGCUCGCUCCACUUCAUCACUCUUGUGGGCACCCAGGGUCGACACGCAGGAGGUAUUGGUAAUGAGUUCGCCCAAAUGUACAAGAUUAAGUACAGUCGUGAUGGAAGCCGUUGGAUCUCCUGGAGAAGCAGGCAGGGCAAGCAGGUGAUUGAAGGAAACAGAAAUGCAUAUGACAUUGUACUCAAGGACCUCGAGCCACCCAUCAUUGCUCGCUAUGUCCGCUUCAUGCCGGUCACAGACCACUCCAUGAAUGUCUGCAUGAGAGUAGAACUCUACGGCUGUGAAUGGCUGGAUGGUCUUGUGUCAUACAACGCUCCAGCAGGAGAACAGAUGACUUUGCCCUCUUACCCUGUUUAUCUCAAUGACUCUGUCUAUGAUGGUGCCAUCAUCUACAGUAUGACAGAGGGCUUGGGCCAGCUGACUGAUGGAGUGUGUGGUCUGGAUGAUUUUACACACAGUCAUGUUUACAAUGUAUGGCCAGGGUACGACUAUGUGGGCUGGAACAAUGAGAGCUUCCCCAGCGGAUAUGUGGAGAUCAUGUUUGAGUUUGACCGCACACGAAACUUUACCACCAUGAAGGUCCACUGCAACAACAUGUUCUCCUUGCACGUCAAGGCCUUCCGCCAAGUGGUGUGUUAUUUCCGCUCUGAGACAAACUGGGAGGCUCUGCCGCUCUCCUUCAGCCCAGUGGUGGGCGAGACGAAUCCCAGCGCUCGCUUUGUUACUGUCAACCUGGCCAACCACAUGGCCAGUGCCAUCAAGUGCCAGUUCUACUUUGCUGAUGCUUGGAUGCUGUUUAGUGAAAUUACCUUCCAGUCAGAUACAGCAAUGUACAACACAACACCGACUCAACCCAAAACGGGAUUACCAGCUAACACACAACCAGAAGAUGACCCCACCCACAAAAUAGAUGACAGCAACACCCGACUACUGAUUGGUUGUUUGGUGGCCAUCAUCUUCAUCCUUGUGGCCAUCAUUGUCCUCAUCUUGUGGAGGCAGGUGUGGCAGAAGGUGCUGGAGAAGGCAUCUCGUCGGAUACUGGAUGAUGAACUAACUGCUAGUUUGUCAAUACAGAGUGAGACGUUUGCCUACAACCACAACCAGUCGAGUACAACCAGCGAGCAGGAGUCUAAUGCCACCUAUGACCACAUCUUCCCCCUUGGUCCCGACUACCAGGAGCCCUCCCACCUCAUAUGUAAACUGCCUGAGUUUGCACAGAACUCAGAGGAGCUUGCUUCUACCAGCACAGCAGCUUCCAAAUCCACCACAACUACUGUAGUCCAAGAUGGAGUCCCUCACUAUGCAGAGGCUGAAAUUGUCAACCUGCAAGGUGUGACUGGAAGCAACACAUACGCCAUCCCUGCAGUGACUAUGGACCUGCUGUCGGGGAAGGAUGUCACAAUGGAGGAGUUCCCGCGAAAACUGCUCACAUUCAAAGAGAAGCUGGGGGAGGGCCAGUUUGGAGAGGUGCACCUGUGUGAAGCAGAGGGAAUGCAUGAGUUCAUGAAUAAAGAGGUUUUAUUUGACAUCUCUGAGGGCCAGCCAGUUUUAGUGGCUGUGAAGAUGCUCCGUUCAGAUGCCAACAAAAAUGCAAGGAAUGACUUCCUGAAAGAGAUAAAGAUCAUGUCACGUCUGAAGGAUCCUAACAUCAUUCGCCUGCUAGCUGUGUGCAUCCACAGUGACCCUCUUUGUAUGAUCACAGAGUACAUGGAGAAUGGAGAUCUCAACCAGUUUCUGUCCCGUCAUGAACCAGAGGGACAACUUGCUCUGCUCAGCAAUGCAUCUACUGUCAGUUUUAAUAAUCAAUGCUACAUAGCCACCCAGAUAGCUUCAGGGAUGAAGUACCUCUCCUCGCUUAACUUUGUUCAUCGAGACUUGGCCACGCGAAAUUGCCUGGUGGGCAAAAACUUCACAAUAAAGAUAGCUGACUUUGGCAUGAGCAGAAACCUGUACAGUGGCGACUACUACCGCAUCCAGGGCAGAGCGGUACUGCCUAUACGCUGGAUGUCGUGGGAAAGCAUCCUGCUGGGUAAGUUCACUACAGCCAGUGAUGUGUGGGCCUUCGGGGUGACCCUGUGGGAGAUAUUAAACUUUUGUAAAGAGCAGCCUUACUCUCAGCUGACUGAUGAACAGGUGAUAGAGAACACGGGAGAGUUUUUCAGGGACCAGAAAAGACAGAUCUACUUGCCUCAGCCUGUGCUGUGUCCAGACUCUCUAUACAAAAUCAUGCUGAGCUGCUGGAGGAGGAACACAAAGGAACGGCCCUCCUUUCAGGAAAUACACCAAGCCCUACAUACAGCCUUAAUCUGGGGACAUGUUUAAGAGAAUGAUUUCCAGUUUGCCUGAUCCAGGUUUAAGCUGUUUCAGUAGAGAAACAGGGUGAGAGAGAGAGCAUGUAGGCUCCAAGCUACAAUUUAGGAAACACUGUUUCAUGGAUUUAACACACUACAAAGAUGGGCUGCCAGAGACAUUUUGUAUGUGUCAGUUUAAUUAGCAGAGUCAUACUGGCUAAGAUAUUUGAUAGACAUGCAGGUAUAAACAUCUACUCCCCUACAACACACACAAGGAAACACACAUGAUUACCAUAAGGUUUGGUUAUGAUGUGUUGAGAAAGUCUAAAUUAAAUGUAGCAAGUGACAUUUGGCACUUUUGAAAAUGUAUUUUAAUUUAAUUUUAAAAUAUGAGUUCAAAUUGCCCAUGUUACAGUGUUUCAUAGCAAGUUUAUGAAAUGUUGAAGAACUAUUUUAUGUUUUCUUUUGGAAUACUGCUUGAAUGUAGAAGGAAAAGUGCAGCUAGCUAUUACUGUUACAUUGCAUUAUAUUUCAAGUGUCAGUUUCUCCACAAAUUUUAAAGAACAUCUAUUAACUCAGUCUUUUUCAUCUCACUGCAGUUUUCCUACAGUGAUUUGAACAUGAUGUGUAGUAUAUGACUGUGUAUUCAAUAGAUAUGUCUAAAUCUCAAAUAUCAAUAUUUUGUAUUUCAUAUUUAUAUGAUCAUAUGUGUUUGUCAGAUUGUGUUCUGUCUGUUGACAUAUUUGGGUAUUAAUGUACUCAUUUGGAAUUUCAUAUUUAAUUUGAUUCAGUUGUUUUCUCAGCCAGUAUUUUGAUUUACACACCAAACAAACUGGUUCAGAAUAUGGUUGGUUUUAUCUGUUGCAAGCUGUAAAAUCUUUUCCUACGUUGGUAUGACAGUAUGUUUACACUCUGCAUCAUUGAAAAGAUGUUGUCAAGGGUGUUGUGGGUGUUGAGCAUGUUAAAGAGAAAGUAAGCAGUCUUUUAAGUGAAAAUUGUAUGCAGAGGGCCCGGGAAUAUUCAGGCUAAAUUAUGUGUUUAACUGGAAUGAAGGAACUGCUACAGAUCACAUUCACACGAAAAGGAUUUUCUUUUUUCUUUUAUUAACGUAUGCUGGAUUCUUUCAUCUUUUCUUCUACUCUUCUAGCAUAACUCUGUGUAUAACUAAUUGCUUGGACUUUAUACUGCAUACAAGCUGAAUUUACAGCCCUAUUAUCAGAGGCCUUUGUCUCACAUUUUCACUUAAAAACACUCAUGUCUGCUGUAAUGGAGACAUCAUGUAGGCAAAACCUCUGCACAAGUUAAACGUGACAUUUGGUCUGGAGACAAAUUUGCAUAUUUGUGAAGCAUUCACAAUCUUCACAACCUUAUAAAUGUACCAGAUGUAGAUGUAUAGCUGUAAAAAUGUUACUGCACCCUGACAAAUGUCAUAAUUUGUUUAGUUUUAUUACAUUUUUACUCACAUAUUUGAUUUCAGUGAGAAUGUUUUUAUGUAAACAGAAGCUGUAUAUUGAUAGAUAAAAUAUAAUUAAAAUUUAAA